AUGUUUCCCACGCGCGCUCUCCUAGGCCGCUCGGUCUGGAAAGGCCCAAAUAUUGUUCCUCUCCCUCUGCCGCGAAAGUUCCCUCCUCCCCCCAACACACCACCCAUUCGGACGCAGAAGCGCGCUGCGACUAUUCUUCCCAAUUUUGUUGGAUUGCGCUUUGCUGUUCACAAUGGCAAGACAUAUCAGGAGAUUCAAAUUACAGAGGAGAUGGUUGGUCGGAAACUCGGUGAAUACGUUGCGUAA